GACGUUGGAGUUGCAGAGGACUGCAACUGCGCAGGACAUUUUCUAGGCCCCGGAGAGCGAACCGAAGGUGUUUGUGCUGGCUGAGCAGACAUCUUGCACAACGAGCCAUCUCCUCAGCCCCCAGACUGCAUAUUUUCUGGGGAGUUCACUUUUUUUCUUUAGAGUUAUCUUCGCAAGGAUAAGAAGCCUGACAAAGAGGGGCAUACCAUGCUGAAACGGAAAAUUAGCCCUGUUGAAGAAGGAGAAGCCAUGGGUCCACCUAAGAAAAGUUAUACUCUGGACAUGGUGUCACAUGAAUCUCUUGAAGCUUCUGCUGAGGCAAAGGGAGAAGGUGCUCUUGUUAGCCAGAAGGCCCAGGUGGGGAUGGUGGAGGCUGAUCCGAAAGUCUGCGCACAGAACUGUGCUUCCAAACAGCUUAUGCCUGUGGCAGGAGAAGCCGUUCUCCCCAUGCCAGGAGAUUCUCGGCCUGAAGACUCUCUUCAUCGCAAGGAUGGUGGCCACGACACAGUUGUGGGGGGAAGUGUUAACAGUGACUCCUCUGAAGGCACUUCCAAGGCUCCAGCAAUGUCUUCAUCAGAAGCUCGGCCCUAUGUUUCUUCACUGAGUUCAAAUUUGUCCAAUAACGAAAUAAAAUGUGCCCUGAUGACAGAAAUCCGACGCUUUGGACGACGAUACGGAAGGCUUUUCAAGAUCCUUGAAGAAGUGCAAGGACCUCUGGAAGUCAGGAUACAGUUAGNUGAGUUCUCCAUCAAGGAGGCGGCAAGGUUUAAAAGACGCCAUUUAAUCCAGUAUCUGGAGAAGAUACUGGAAAAAUUAAAGUCUGAAAGGUCUUCCAACAAUGAUGAGUGAUCUACACUCAAGAGUGUGAUCCUGCUGUUACAGUGGUCAGCAAGAUUCAGCAAAUAGUUCAGAGUGAUUACAAUGUAAAAGGAGGAUGCUGAGACCUCCUAGCAUGUGUUAGCUAAAAUAAUUACCCCUGAGAAAACUGUCUUAAACUACUCAAUAAAUGGCUGGCUUUUGCCCUGUGUUUUGUUUGAAA